AUGAAACAACCAAUAAAUAUAACAAAUGAAUGCAUGAUGGUUGAAGAUAGUAGUGAAAAUGAGGGUAAUGAAUCCACAGGACCAAGCUAUUUUUCAGAGAAUUACGAUUAUGAAUCCAUUGGUGGAUCUGGUAGUGAAUCUGAUAGUAAAGCCGAUAGUGAAUUCGAAUAUAUAUGUAAUAAUAAUUCCAAUACUGAAAUUACAACUGUGUUAGAAGAUCCAAUUCAAAAAAGCUUUGAAAAAUCAUGUAACUCACCUGUUGAGAAGCCGUAUUACUCCACUGGAAUAUAUCCUAUCAUUUGCUAUCAAUGUGGAAGUAAAGAAACCCAUAAACCUGAGGAAAAGCUUGAGCGACCACUAUGUG